AUGUCAGCAAUUGCUACGGUUAUUAGUAACUGCAUUGUCCUCUAUGUUUUUCAUAAGCAUCGUUCCCUUUUACGCAUUCCUAGCAAUCUUUUUAUCCUUAAUUUGGCUAUUAUCGAUUUGUUAAAUGGACUAUUUAGGGAUACUUUUAAUGGCGUGAGCUGGCUGAAUAAUGGCUGGACAUUUGGUGAGCCGUUAUGCCGCUUUAAUGGAUUUAUGCAAACUAUUUGCUAUGUAGUAACCAUAUUUACUUUGUUGGCUACUGGAAUUUGUCGUUACUUGGUUAUCGUCCAUUCGUAUGGAAAGGUGAUUACGAGGAAAGUAGUUUUAAUUAUUAUUGGUUGCAUAUGGAUUUAUAGUAUUUUGGAUUCUCUAAUGCCAAUUUUUGGUUGGAAUCGUUACAUUUUUCAGCCACUGGAAUUUUCUUGCUUACCUGAUUGGUUAUCCGUUAGCGGUGCAAGUUAUGUCAUGUUCGCUUUAAUUGCCGACACAAUUAUUCCGUCGAUAUUAAUUGGAUUAUGUUACAUCGUCAUCUAUAUCGUUAUUGCUCGAAAUGCUAAAAGAAUGGCUAAUCGAUUCCAUAUCGAGCAUUCCAACAACGUUAUUCCUUCAAUAGGCAAUUCAGUCGAUUACUCAGUAGCAAACACCCCUGAAAAUGAUCGAAAUCGACAAGCACGAGCAAAAUGGUCAAAUGGGAAUACUUUAGGAAGAAAAGAAGUUAAAAUUACAAGAGCCAUGUUUUCAGUCUAUGUUAUCUUCCUUGCAUGUUAUUUGCCUUACGCUCUUACUAUAUUUAUUAUCGCACCAGCUGGUGGCAACGUUUCACAUAAUAUUAUUUUUAUGGUUGGGUACCUUGUUAAUGUAAACAGUGCGAUCAAUCCAUUUUUCUAUGGAGUCAUUUAUCGCCAAUUUAGGAAAGCGUAUAUCGAACUGUUCUGUUGUUGUGGCCUUAGUGCAGUGUCUGUAAAGUUUCCCACUAGUCGAAGUCGGCAUCGACAUCUUCUUAAUUCUACGCCAAUAAUAGAUCGAAAAAAUCGAGUCGAUGUUCUUCGUGAUGGAAUGACCGAUGCUAGCACCAGUAAUCUUUGA